CUGAUAUGUUGACAUCUCAGUAUUUCCUGUUUUUCUGGUGCUGGGCGGUGGCUGAUCCUUUCCAACUCUCAGGGCACUGAACCACUGGCAUUACUGCUCCAGGAUGUCUCUGAAAGGAAAGGUUGCAUUGGUGACAGGAGCAGCUCAGGGCAUUGGGAAAGCAAUUGCUGAGAUAUUACUGAAGAACGGAGCAAAGGUGAGCAUGCUCGAUUACAACCAGUCAGAGGGAGAAGCCACGACUGCUACCUUUGGACAGCUCUAUGGAGCUGAGAACAUUCUCUUCCUUCACUCUGAUGUAACGUCUGAGAGCCAGAUGCAAGAUUCUUUCAUCAAAACCAUGGAAAAAUUUCAGAAGUUGGACAUUGUUUGUAAUAAUGCUGGCAUCGUAAAUGAAAGCAAUUAUGAAAAAUGUAUCAGUGUUAAUCUGGUCGGCGUGAUCAGGGGAAGCCAGCUGGCUCUGAAGUACAUGGGCAAGGAGAAUGGAGGUGCAGGAGGAGUGAUUGUUAACAUAGCCUCCAUAACAGCAUUUUAUCCAUGGGAGGGUGCGCCAGUUUACACAGCCAGCAAAUGUGGUGUGGUGGGAUUCACAAAAGUCCUCUCUCUAAGCUGCAUGAAGAAGCAUGGAGUUCGGGUACACGCACUGUGUCCAUCUUUUGUUGACACUCCACUUUUGAGAAUUCAUGAUAAGGAUGCAAAGGAGCGCCUUGAUGCCUUGCUUCAAUUGUGUGGGCCAGUUUUGAAGCCAUCAGAGAUUGCAGAGCGAUUCUUGGAGCUUGUCGUGGAUCAGACUAGGAACGGGGUGGUGAUGAAGAUACUGGGCAAUGGCAAUAUUGAGUAUGAAGACCAACCAGAGGGUCAGCACGCAGAGGCUCAGAAACCUACUUAAAGGUCCAAGGAUCUAAGGCAGUGAGCCAUGGAGGCUCAGGGAAAAUCACAGCUCGCCACUGAUCAAUAAAUUUCUAAACAUUG